UCAAACUUCAAGUAUUCAAUCUUCUUUUGGUGAUAUCUCCAAAAAGAAACAAGAAUUUAAAGAAGAUAUCAUGCCCACCAAGCCCAAAAAUGGCAACCUUAACUAGAACCCCACACAAGACACUCCCCAUAGUCUUCUUACUCAUAGUAGUCCUCGUAACCAUUUUCCUCUUCAGCAAACGAACUCUCGAUCCCCAUUUGUCUUUAUACGCAGCAAUAGAUCGAUACAACCCACUUCCAGAUCCUGAAAUUGACCACUCCAAAUCCAAAACCGGAAUUGGGUAUGUUGACUCUGAGCCUAUAGAGAAAACCCCAUUUCUUCAAACCAACUCAAAUGAUCUAGAAUUCGUUAAUGACGACUCAAUUUCAAAAAAUGAAACUGGGUUUAUCGACUCCGAGUCUACAGACGAAAACCCACUUCCUCAAAGCAAGCCAAAUGAUUUGGAAUCGAUUAAUGAUGAUUCGGUUUCUGAAAGUGAAACUGGGAUCGCUGAUUCUGAGAAUGUAGAGAUAACCCAGGUUCAUGAAGAAGAUGAGGCAGUUGCGGAAUCGGUUAAAAAGAGUGUGGAUUGGGGGAAAAGUUGUAAUAUGCAUUCUGGAAAAUGGGUGAGAGAUGAAGAGUACCCAAUUUAUAAACCUGGAUCUUGCCCUUUUGUUGAUGAAGCGUUUGAUUGUCAAGCUAAUGGAAGAUCCGACGAAGAAUAUAUGAAAUGGCGAUGGAAGCCUGAUUCGUGUGAGCUUCCAAGAUUCAAUGGAACCGAUUUCUUGGUGAAAAUAAGAGGAAGGAGAUUAUUGCUUAUUGGAGACUCCAUGAAUCGGAAUCAAUACGAGUCACUCCUUUGCCUUCUCUAUGAAAGCUUACCAAAUAAGAGCAAAAUGUACGAAAUUAAUGGCCACAAAAUUACAAAGGGAAGAGGCUAUUUUGUCUUCAAAUUCGAGGAUUACAACUGUACAGUGGAGUUUGUGCGCUCUCAUUUUCUUGUAAGAGAAGGGAUUCGAAAAAAUGGACAAGGAAACUCAAAUCCCACAUUAUCAAUGGAUGUAAUUGAUAAAUCAUCUGCAAGAUGGAAACGUGCUGACAUUUUAGUAUUCAAUACUGGACAUUGGUGGGUUCAUGGAAAAACUAGUAGAGGGAAAAAUUAUUUUAAAGAGGGGGAGUAUCUUUAUCCAAAGUUUGAUGCUGUUGAAGCUUUUAGGAGAUCAAUGAAGACAUGGGGAAAAUGGAUUGAUAAGAAUAUGAAUAAAGAAAAGUUGGUGUUUUAUCGAGGCUACUCAUCUGCCCAUUUCAGAGGUGGAGAAUGGGAUUCAGGUGGAACAUGCCAUGGGGAAACCCAACCGAUAAAAAAAGGAAGAAUUAUCGAAACAUAUCCACCAAAAAUGGAAAUAAUUGAGGAAGUGAUUCAAGAAAUGCGAUUUCCAGUUGUACUUUUGAAUGUUACAAGGUUGACAAACUUCCGGAAGGAUGGGCAUCCUUCUGUUUAUGGAAAGAAUGUAAGUGGUUUGAAAAAAGUGUCGACUAAAAAGGAAGAUUGUAGCCAUUGGUGUCUUCCUGGUGUCCCUGAUGCUUGGAAUGAACUCAUUUAUGCUACACUAGUUGCUCGAACAAGUUAACUAUUUAAUGAACAAGUGUUGUUUGUAGGAAAAUGUAGUAGUUUUUUUAUGACAUGGCACAAGUAUACUACACAAUACGUAUGUUUUUUUUUUGUUGUUGUAAGAAAGUUGUUCUUUCAAAAACCUAUGAGCUCUCUUAAUUCCAAGGGUAUCAUGUGAGAUGUAAAUCAGAUAUAGUGGAUGUAGCCUAAGAUCGCUUCGUCAUAA